GAAAAUUCACAUCUCAUCUGGCAACAGGAUAAUCUGUAAGGAGAAAAACAUAAACUUGAAAAUGGUCCGGUGGAUUCAUUGCAACAAAACUGAAGGGAAGAGUUUCUUGAAAUUAUAACUGAAGGUCCUUUGAUAACUGAAUACGUAAGAUUGUUUUUUUGACAUGGCUUUGCCACCUAAUUAUCGACAAGCUCAAGUGGCGGCAGCUCCGUCACCUAGUGUGUCUCAAAGACCACGCUCUCAGGGAACAAAUUCUAAUUCCUCCUCGUCCUCAAACCAAGCGCCAUCUUCUAGUUCUAGCAGUCCUUUUGUGCAGUCAUCUCAUGGUCACCCAUCUUUUAGCCCAGUUAAGUUAGGUUCUAGAGGAUCCAGUGGGGCCGACAGUCGAGUUCCUAAACCACCAAAACCACCAGAUAAGCCUUUAAUGCCAUAUAUGAGAUAUAGUCGAAAGGUAUGGGAUCAAGUGAAAGCUCAGAAUCCUGAUUUAAAAUUAUGGGAAAUAGGAAAAAUAAUUGGACAGAUGUGGAGAGAAUUGCCUGAUGAAUCGAAGCAAGAGUAUGUUGAUGAUUAUGAAGCAGAAAAAAUCGAAUACAAUGAAGCCCUUAAGUCUUACCACAAUUCGCCUGCAUACCAGGCAUGGGUUGCAGCCAAAGUUAGAGCUCAGCAAGCUGCAGAGGAAAGAGAAGCUCUUGAACGUAGUCCUGCUGCUUCUCUUAUUGCCCCUCAGAAAAUGGAUGGGAAAAUGUGCAUUCAACCAGCUGAGGAUGAUGAUGAACUUGAUGAAUUCUCUGUGAAGCAUGUGGCAUCAGCAAGAUAUUUGCGAAAUCAUAGAUUGAUAAAUGAAAUUUUUAGUGAUAGUGUUGUGCCUGAUGUUAGAUCUGUUGUUACAACAGCACGUAUGAGUGUUUUGAAGCGACAAGUGCAGUCACUUACCAUGCAUCAGAAAAAACUGGAAGCUGAGCUACAACAAAUUGAAGAAAAGUUUGAAGCCAAAAAAAGAAAGUUUUUAGAAGCAAGUGAAACUUUCCAGGAGGAAUUGAAAAAAAGAUGUACCAAAGCUGUAGAUGAUGAGGCAUACCAAAAAAUGGUUGAUCGAGCUGUUGAGCAACUGAAGCGUGAUUAUUCAUCUCGGGACUCUCGCUCAAGAAAUGAUGCUAGUGCUCCUCCAUCACAGCAAGAGCAGCCUGAUUGUGAUGAACGAGGAGAAAAAAUGGAAACACAGUUUUCAUUUAACUCUAAUAAAAACGAUUCUGAUAUGAAUAGUACCAGUGGUACACAGAAGGAAAAUCAGAAUAGUGAUGGUCCAAAUGAGCAGAGAUCUCCGAAAGAUCAAAGCUGUGCUUCAAGCAUGAAUACUAACCAAGAUAAUUCAAAUAUUCAACAGGCUAGCUAUCCUCCAAGUGCACAAGCCCCUCAGGCUCAUCCUGUUCAAGAAUCUCAUCAACAUUCUAUGCAGACUAAUUAUACUGAAGGAAUGUAAUUUUCAUCAUUCGUUUAUAUUCUUGGCUGUCUUCAGUUGACUGAACUGCAGUUGCUACAAAAUAUGAAAAAAGGAAAAUACCUCUUAAAAAUAUCAUUUGAUUUGUAUCUGUAUAUCUUUUCAUGUUAAUGGUAACCUUCAUUCAUAAAAUAAAUGUUUGUGCAUUUGCUAAAAAUAUUGCAAAUUAAAACAUGAUUUUAUUCUAUUGUU